CGCCCUCACCGUGUGUCGGUGUUACGUAAGACUCACGCACGCAGACGCAGAACCCGGUAGAAAGCUUCAGUGUAGUCUUGUUUUCUCGCCGUGUUUCCAGCGGGGUGGUUCAGCUGUCGGAGUCGUGCUCUACAUCUUCAAGGUUUGUCAGGAUGGUUGUGCUUUCCAAAGAGUAUGGAUACGUGGUGCUGACAGGUGUUGCCAGUAUGGUCAUGAUUGGACAUCUGGCAAUUAAAGUCGGCAAAGCUCGCAAGAAGUACAACGUGCCGUAUCCUCAGAUGUACAGUGAUGAGUCAGAAAAUGGGAACGUUUUCAACUGUAUCCAGCGUGCACACCAGAACACCCUGGAGUUGUACCCCGCCUUCCUUUUCUGCCUGGCUGUUGGUGGUUUGCAUUGUCCCCGUCUAGUCAGUGGACUUGGAGCUGUAUGGAUUAUUAGCAGAGAGGUGUACGCACAUGGGUACUCUACAGGAGAUCCUAAGAAGAGAAUGCGGGGAGCGUUUGGGAACGUGGCCAUGCUCGGGAUGAUUCUGACCACAGCCAGCUUUGGCCGCCACCUGUUGGGCUGGACAGGGCCACGGUUCGGGCCUUUCCGUCACGCACACUGAUGACAAAGUCUUCAGGCCGUGCUCACUCAAUCAUUACUACAAUCAAGACCACUCUGCAUAAACCAUAAACCUUGAAGUGUGCGUGCUAACCUCUGAUUAAUGUUGCAGGUAAACCUCAUGUCAGGUGACCCGACCUGUUCUCCCUGAAGGGACAUAGCUCAUUCAGGAUAAUGAAUGUGGUGUAAUCACAGACUGGCACUCUUUCUACAUGCAAGAUCUGUCAGUGUGUCUUAAUAUUGUCAUUCAUAUUCAUUUUCACCUAAAUGAAUUGGCCACGUGACUUUUCAUAUUGUGUAUUUUUGCAAUAAGCAAAUGAAGGUAAUGUAAUAAAAAGGGAGAUUUCAGAGGGAAACAAACCUUUCACUGUCUGAGAAAGUCCAGUUUUGUACAUUAAUAAGGUUAGUCAUAAUUAAUGCUGCUGUCAAGUAAAAAACUUCAUAAUUCAUGAUUAUUUUUCUGUAUGUUGUUUCUCAUACUGAAAAGUGAUGAUAUUAAAUAUCACACAUUGGUUAUAAAUAA